AUGUCCUCGAGACGGGGCCCGUUGACAAACAACCCCAAUGUCGCCAAUUCACCCCUCCGGGGAGCUUCCGCAUUGGCUGGAUAUGCCAAGUCGAGGCGAUCCCAUGCCACUGUCCAGCGUGAAGAGGCCUAUGGACAGCCUCCGCCCAUGAAGAAGCAGGUCCUCGAGUAUGGCAUGCAACGGUCUGCACGCUCUCCCACGCGGGCAUCACGGACUGUCCUAGUUCAGCGAGGCGUCUCGCGUCCUCCUGUCAAGGAGCGAGCUUCAAGAGCUGUGUCGUCGAGGGAUAUUGAUACCGAGAAGGAAGCAUGGAAGAAGCACCACCGUGCCAAGUUCCCCAAGAUGGUCUUUUACUUUGAAAGCAUCCCGGAUGAUAUUCGUGCUAGACUAACAAAGCGAGUUACCUAUCUUGGAGCUCGCCAAGAACCCUUCUUCUCCAUCGCCGUCACCCAUGUCGUUACUACUCGAUCGAUCCCGCCUGAGAGGACAGAGGCCGAGCCUGAUCAUGGACAUCAUGAUCACGAGCCGGAGGAGCAGCCUCAGACCAUCAACCCGUCUUUAUUGGACCGCAACACAGAAGCUAGGCGGAAGCUUCUCUUUGAGUUUCGGAACGCGCCUUCACGGUCACAGCACUUGGAUGACCCCACGAAGCGUACCAAGGGUGCCAGGAACAACGAUGUCCUAUACAAGGCCCGUGAGAUGGGAAAGAAGAUCUGGUCGCUGGACAAGUUCCAAAACAUGCUGUCAGUUCUGCUUGAGGGAGAGACUGGUAGCUCGUAUAGCUCAAGGUCCACGAGCACGCGAGGCCACUACAGCAACUCGAGGGAGCCUAACCUGCUCCAGCUGCUGCACCACGAGCGUCUGAAUGGUCCUUCAGACCGUGACCCUACGGCAGUUCACCGAGAGCUUUGUUAUUUCAAGGGCCCUCACAUUUAUAUCUGGGAUAUGGAUGAGAAGCACAAGCCUGUCAUGGUUCGCGAGUACCCCAAGGUGGCUAACAAGGCCGAUGGAGAAUGGCCACAGUUCCGAAGCGUUGGCAACGGCCGAUGUCCUUUUGUGGAGGACCACGAUGUCCCAGAUAAGGACCACCGCCGGCAACAAGAAAAGGCACGAGCUGUCAAGCGAGAGGAAUCGGUUCCUAUUCUGCGACCGCCCCAGAUCCCAGUGCCCAAACCAGUAACAGGCAAGCGGACACUUACAGAGAUGGAGGAUGCUCAGAACAGGGCCCGGGCUGUGACGCCAACCGAGCUGUUCAACCCCAAGGCGAUCAUGUCUAAGCCCGCAGACAUCCGACAGAAUGCCUUUACAGGACGUGCUGGUACCGGCAGGCUUUUUGCUGGAGAGCCCGUGGCUUCAGGUGUUCAGCCUUCCAACAUCACCUCCGCUAUCCGGUCUCAGAUGGUAUCGUCGACAUCAGGUGUGAACGGAGCCAAGGCUGGAACGAGUAAAGAGGUUCAUGGUCUGCAGCGAAAGGUGUUACAAAAGGCGGCUCCCGCGUCACACGAUGUGAGCUCGCGUCGCCUUGCCGAGGUGUCAAUGGAUGUCGCAUCUAGUAGAUCGACAACGAUGGGUCGACAUACCUCGCGACCUGCUGAUGUUCAAGAGGAGGAGCAAAAGACGGAACGGAAAACACAGCAGUCCCUUAAGAGCAAGCGGGAUCUUAAGCCUGGCUACUGUGAAAACUGUCAGGACAAGUUCCGCGACUUUGACGAGCACAUUCUGUCUCGCAAGCACCGCAAGUUUGCCGAAAACGACGACAACUGGAUUGAGCUUGAUUCUCUCCUGUCACAACUCAAGCGAAUGCCCAAGUUUACUCCGGGAUCCGACGAGGAAGAGGGAUGGUAA